AUGUUAAUUAAAACCUUGGGUAUAUCGCAACUUAUCUAUUCAGCCUCUAAUCUGGAUGCUCCCGAAGGUAUUGUGGAAGUUGUAAGAACAAAAUCUUUCAAGUUUCUCUGGAAAAACAAGAAAGAUAAAAUAAAAAGAUCAGGUCUUUACCAAGAUUCAGACAACGGUGGAAUACGCAUGACUGAUUUUGCUAUUAUGUUAAAAGCUUUAAAACUCGCCUGGAUCCCGAGACUUUUGCGAACUUCGGACAACAGUAAUUGGUGUAUUAUUCCAAAACAUUAUUUCAGAAGUAUGGGAGGGUUAAAUUUUUUACUAAGGUGCAACUACGACACGAAGUUCUUUAACGAUCUCCCGCUUUUCUAUAAGAAGAUACUAGACUUCUUCAACGAAUUAAAAACUCUUUACUUGUACGAUCAAAAGCAGGAGUUAAUAUUGUUUAACAACAAAGAUAUAUUGGUGGACGGGAAACCCAUCUUUUUUAGUGAAUGA